GCUUCUUGCCUUCCUAGGUUAAUCUGUUGGACAUCGUCAAUUUUGGUUGUUGGUUUUGGGUUUCGUUAUCAAGGAAGACUACUUCCCAGCUUUUUUUUUCGGUGUUCUUCUUUCGGUACCAGAAUGUUUAGAGUUGCAUAUAUUUGAUUCUCGUUGGUUGUACAUAAACCGGAUGCGACACUCAAAUUGUUUACAACUUACAGGUGUGAUCUUCUGAGAAGUGGAGAUGGAGAAAUCAACGGUAUCGAAUACGCCAGAUAGUGAUAUUAUUCCAUCCGAAGACUUCGAACCCGGAUUGGACUCAACCAGUAAAUCGACCCUCAAGGAUGACAUGGAACUCCCAAAAUGGCAAUUGAUGGCACUUAGCAUCAGGUACGUACCUUAUCUUCUUUAACUACAGUGUUUCUAGACCAUAAACACUAACAUAACAAAAGCAUCUGCUGUGGACUCUUCCUCUCACUCCUCGAUACUACAAUAGUAGCCGCAGGCCUUUUCACGAUCGGACAAGACUUUGGAGAUCUCGAAUCUCUCAAUUAG